AUGACUACCAAAUAUACUAGCGAACAAGAGCAAGUAGCAUUGGAAAUUCUCUCCAAGGAUAAACAUGCUUUUUAUGAAAUUUUAAAGAUAGAAAGGACAGCCUCGGAUGGGGAAAUUAAGAAAGCAUAUAGGAAAUUAGCGAUCAAAUUACAUCCGGAUAAAAACCCUCAUCCUAAAGCAAGUGAAGCAUUUAAAAUUAUAAAUAGAGCCUUUGAAGUACUAAGUGACAGUAAUAAAAGACAUAUUUAUGAUAGAAUAGGUAGAGAUCCCGAUGAUAGAAGUAUUCCAUCCUUCUCAGAAAGUAAUAAUGGCACUAGCCAUGCAUCAGGGUUUAGUGGCGGAAUUCCAUCGCAAUUUUUUAGUAAUAGAUAUCAAGCAGGAGGCCCUGAGGAUAUAUUUGAGUUUUUGUUUAAUAUGAAUGGUAUGGGUGGUCCCUUUGGCCCAGGAAAUCCAUUUAUGCAUGCAGGUGGCGGCCCAACAACUUUUACUUUUGGCCCUGGGGGGUUUAGAGCUUAUACCAAUGGGAAUCCAAGAGCUUCUGCAUUUCAAAGACGACAACAUGAACAACGAGCUAGAAGAGCUCACGAUAAUGAAACAAGGUAUCAGGAAAUUUUACGUGUAUUAUUACCCCUAUUAUUUUUCUUUUUACUACCUAUUUUGGAAAGAUUAUUCUUUGGUUAA